AUGGGGGCGAGUUUUGCUCCGGCGUUCUUGCCGGAUUCUGCAGCGAACAGGGCAUCGUCCUUUAACCACCCUUCCCUCCACCAGUUCCUAGACUCCCGUGACGUCCGGUUUGACGAGUCUGUGUCCUACUAUUCCCGGUACCCCUGUCAAGGUCUCCCGCGUCGCCCUCCCCGCAGUCCUCCUCACAGUCCCCUCAGCAGCCUUCGGCACUUCCGCGACAAGUUCCUGUGGACUCGGUUGGUGUUGGAGCUGGAGGUGCGGCUGCUGGCGGUGCCCGAUCUGGGGGUGCUCGUUCAAGGGGUGCUGAAGCUGGAGGUGCUGGCGCAGGUGGCGCUAGCUCUGGGGGUGCUGGAGCUGGAGGUGCUGGCACUGGAGGUGCUAGUUCUGGGGGUGCUGGAGUUGGAGGUGCUGGCAUUGGAGGUGCUAGUUCUGGGAGUGCCGGUGCUGGAGGCGCUGGCACUGGGGGUGCUGGGGCUGGGGGUGCUAGUGCUGGAGGCGCUGGCAUUGGAGGUGCUGGUUUGGAGGAGCCUGGAGCUGGAGUGUGAGGAUCUAGGAUCGAGCUCAGAAAAGAGAGUUUGA